CAAGCACGCACACCCAGCGGACACAACUGGCAUCUUGCUGGCCAGCUCUGGAACGGGCACGGCCCGUGUGGACCACAGUCAGGCACAGCUUGCUGGACAGUUGCCUCGGCCAGUUCUUCGAGCACUCUCAGCUGCCGUGGUGUGGACCGAGGGCUGUGUCAUGCAUUAGUCCUGCUUGCUUUGCUGGAGAGGCCUUGAGUGAGAGCCUAGGGGUAGCCUGAAGACCUCAGGGUCCAACCGGCAGAGGGUGGGGGGAAGCAAAGCCCCUUCCUCUGCCGUUUCAGCUGGAGCUGAGGCCCGGAAAAGUUCAGUGACAUCCAGAGAGUCCCGUCACAGCAGGCCCCGAGCCCAGAUGGGCCCUGCUGGCAGCGCAUGCCAACCUCUCACCAAGGCAGUGGUGCCCCACAGAUCCUGGCACCUCCUGGGAGAACUUCCUCCCCUCCAGGACAGAGUGCAAUGAGGCGGGUGCAGAGGGCCGGGCGUGGUGACAGGAAUUACUGGCCUUCAUCAUCUUCCAGGCAGGAUAAUUACCCGGACCAGCCGGGUUGUUGCUACAAGGGCUGCAGGUGCCACACUGCUCCUCCCCACAGCCUCUCCCCUGGGGUGGGGCAGGCGCUCACAUAUACUGGGGCAAGCCGAGGGCACGGCAGUUUCCAGAGCUUCGGGAACUUCAGUGUCUCUGGGACCAUGAGGACCUGGAUCCUUCUCACUGUCGUGGCCAUCACCUGCGGCUGGGUCUCCAGCGCUGCAGAGGCCGAAGAGGAUGCAGAGCAUGAGAGCACCGGCUUGUACACGGCUCCAGACUCUUGCAAGAGACGCUGCCAUGAGCAGUUCAACAAGAGGGACCCCUGCCACUGCAACACCAAGUGUGAGAAGUACCAGAACUGCUGUGAGGAUUAUCACACCUACUGCAGCCAGGAUGGAAAACAGGAGGACAACGAGGCUGUACAUGCUCACAGCUCUGGUGAGUAGCUAACAUCCGGAGCUAAUUGAGGUGUGUGACAGGGCACGGU